AUGUCGAGGAUAGACACGCGCAACAAUUCUUACAGGCGCCAGAACUCAAAAGCUGUUAAUGAGUAUUUAUAUGAAAUAAUUCGUGCGAGGAAUAAACAGGCACAGAGGAAAAAAUAUUUAAAAAUAUUUUUAUGCAUUUCCUUAUGCAUUCUUUUUUUUUUAAUAGGUUAUGCAUUCAUUAUGUAUAAUGGCUCUGUUGACGGAAGAAAAUCCUUGUAUCCAAAGAAAUGUUCGAGGAAGUCGAGAAGCCUCUCUGAAUUAGUACUUGCUAAUUAUCCUUCUUCAAAUUAUGCUUUUUCAAAUUAUGCUUCUGCAAAUUAUUCUUCUUCAAAUUAUCCUUCUUCAAAAAUGGAUGAUUUAAAAAGGCAUGAGAAUAAUUGCAGUAGUUCAAAUAAAGCUGUGGAUGAAGAAGGUAUCUGUAAGGAUACUUUUGGAAAUGCUCUUGAUGUACCGAAGUAUGAGAAUGAUUCGUUUCAUAGGGAUUAUCACAAAAGUAUGUUUGAUAUUAAAAAUAUUAAACUCGAAGAAAUAUCCUUGCCGUUAUCCAAACUGGAAUUAAGCCAUAUUAUUAGUAGGCUAAAUAAAGAUGUUCCUAAAGAAUAUCUUAUGAACUUAUGGCUACAAGCAUUUGCUGUAUCAAAUGAUUUGGUAGAUAUUGUAAAUCUUUUAAAUGAAUAUAUACAAUAUUAUAAGAAUCAAGUGGAUAAAUGUAUAGAGUUAACUAGUAAUGGUAAUUAUUCUUGUUGGAAAAACUGUAAUGUUGAAUUGGCUCAAGCAUUAUUAUUUGAACAUAUAGAAUAUAAAACAAAAUUCUAUAAAGUUUUAAUUACCAGACAUAUGUAA